AUGGUCAAGCUUGCAGAGGCGAAGAAGUGGAACAAGCCAUGGGAUACGCCAGAUCCAGAAGCACUCUCAGCAUACCAACGUGAUAUUUACUCGUCUUUCGGAAAGCCCAUUUUCUCUACGAAGCCAGCAGAAUGGGAAGCACUAGCAAAACAGAAAGUGCCAGAGGCCAACUUUGGUUAUGUGUACGGAUCAGCUUCGAGCUUCAAGACAUACAAGGCUAACCUCGAAGCAUUCGACCGAUAUCGACUCCGACCUCAAAUGCUCGUGAACGCCACCCGGAGAGAUCUGAGUGUCAACCUCUUCGGCACUACGUACAACAGUCCGCUGCUCGUUGCUCCAGUCGGCGUACAAAACAUCAUGCACUCUGACGCAGAAGAAGCGACCGCACGAGCAUGCCAGAAACUCAAGGUCGCCAUGAUCCUUUCAACAGCAGCCACCAGAACUAUCGAGCAAGUCGCAGAAGCCAAUGGCAACGGUGAUAGAUGGUUCCAACUGUACUGGCCCAAGCCCCAAGAAGAAGCCAUCACAGCCAGCCUGUUGAAUCGCGCCAAGGAGAAUGGCUACAAAGUCCUCGUCGUCACUCUCGACACUUUCACCCUGGCAUGGCGCCCUGAAGAUCUCGACAACUCAUAUUUGCCAUUCCUUUGGGGCGACGGCUGUCAAGUCGGACAUUCGGAUCCGGUUUUCCAGGAACGAUACCAAGAAAUGCUGGCCAGUGACACGAGAUCUGCUUCGGAGAAACUCGCGGAAGCUUGGGAUAUAAUCAAGAGACCUGGCACUCCCUUUGGCGCGCUGAGAUUGUUGGCCAAUGCUUCGAAGCUCAAAGUGUCUCGUGCAUGGCUUGAUAUUCUGAACUCAGGCACAUACCGUGAAUGGCAGCAUCUGGAAACACUGAAGAAAUUGUGGGAUGGACCGAUCGUGUUGAAAGGCAUACAGACUGUGGAAGAUGCGCAUAAGGCGAUCGAGUACGGCAUGGACGGCAUUAUUGUGUCGAAUCAUGGUGGCAGGCAACUCGAUGGCGCUAUUGCCUCCCUUGACGCAUUGGCCGACAUUGGAGCGGACGAGAAAGUGAAGCAGUCUGGUUUGACAGUGCUCUUCGACAGCGGUAUCCGCACCGGAAGUGAUGUACUCAAGGCAUUGGCAUUGGGUGCAAAAGCUGUCCUGGUCGGCAGACCUUAUAUGUACGGGCUGGCGAUCAAAGGUCAAGCUGGGGUGGAGCACGUACUGAAGUGCAUGCUGGCUGACACGGAUAAUAUGCUGGCCAAUAUGGGGAAGAAAUCGGUGAAUGACCUGCGCAGAGAUGAUCUCCAGGUGCGGAGGGAGUCGAAAUUGUAG